AUGGCAUGCUUGGCUGCAUCCUCGGGCAUGCAACGAGAAGCGCAAAGUGGCCGACCGAAUGGCCGGUUGCAACCGGCCAAAUCUGGUACCGACGAGGGCUCAGCACGAAUGAAUCGGAGGCGAAGACGUUCGUUCAAGUCGGCAGACGCAAUUUCAAAAGAAUCCCUCACUUAUGCUUCAAGAAAAACGCAGACGCAGACGCAGACGCGGACGACAAACCGGCCAAAUGCACUUGUCAGGACCGAAUCCACACGUCCUAUCGAUCGCCGCUUACACGUUCAGUCGGCCGUCGAGACAACAUGCCUGAAUGAAGCUCGCCCUCGUAUUGAUCGCCUGAAGGGCCUAAAAGGCCUUCCGAGUCGUUGA